AUGAAAGUGUUCCACACUUCUUUUACAGAACAAAAAGCAAAGCAUGAAGAGCAUGCAAUUAGCAGCAGCUGCUGGGAGCCUGGAUCAAGAAAUAAGACUGUUAAUGAUACUAUAGGUUACUUUUAUGUCUACGGGACCGAGCUUUACUCUCUAGGAAAUGUGAUGUAG